AUGGCUGCCGCAGUACUCUUUCUCCACGCGGAUGUUGGCCGAUCUCCAAUCUUUGCAGCUGCGCAUUUUGUGAAGAACUGUAGAGGAGUGACAGUGGUGAGUACAACGGACACGUGCUGCGAUGUGGUGAGAAGAGACGGCAUCACAAUGAAGCAGCUCUUCCGUUUAAACCCGCAUCUGGAUUGCGACAAAAUCCACUACGGGAUGAUGCUCUGCACCACGGGUUAA